AUGUUCACAGAAGCAAUAAUAGUAAAUGGAACAGAACAGUUGGGAAAUAUUCAAGUACCGAAAAGAGCCAGCUAUAUCAGAGAUAUUUUGUUGGAGUUGAGUCGUAUAACUUCUCAUCUGUUAUGGCUUGGCCCUUUUAUGGUGGAUAUUUAUUGA